AUGUAAAACGUCUUUAAUCGUCAGUCAGACGUUAACUUAACUUGGAAAUUGAUAGCUCAAAGUGAAAGGUUUAUACAUACGUUCUGUGAAUUUUCGAAAAAUAAAACACUCAAGAUGUCGAACCAGGAACCAUUGGUCGUGGACAUGGUGUAUAUGUACGAAAAGGAGAAUGCUGAAUACCAUCACACAAAUAAUUACGAAAUGAUUCAUUCAGAAAACCCAACACCGGUACUACGACGAGGUCAAGCUUUCAAUAUGGCAUUGAGAUUUAAUCGCGAAUAUGUUGAUGAAACGGAUAUCGUUAGGCUCUUGUUCAGUUUUGGUCCAAAUCCAAAUGUAAUGAAAGGUACUAGGGGAGUUAACACGAUAACAAAUCGAGACUCGUAUUUAACGGAUUUGGAAGCAUGGGGUGUACGAAUGGUAGCAAUUCGUGGAAUGGAUUUGUCUGUGGAAGUUAGAAGUCCUGUUGACAGUCCAGUAGGUGUUUGGCAAUUAAACGUUGAAACAACGACUCUUGGAAGAAAAGAACCUCCAAAUACGUACAAUUACGAAAAUGAUAUAUACUUGUUAUUCAAUCCUUGGCUAAAAGAGGAUCUGGUCUUCAUGGAAGACGAACAACUUCUCGAUGAGUAUGUUUUGAACGACGUUGGAAAGAUUUGGGUUGGCCCAUGGGGAAGUUCUCGGGGUAGAGAAUGGAUCUUUGGUCAAUUCGAUGCAUGCGUUUUACCAGCAUGCCAAUUAUUAUUAGAAAGAUCAGGCAUCAAGGCUAUAUCCAGGGGAGAUCCGAUUAAAAUGUGUCGAGCGAUAUCAAGAAUCGUAAAUUCAAACGAUGAUAAAGGUGUGGUAACUGGUCGUUGGGACGGUGAAUACGAAGAUGGUACAGCACCAGCAGCUUGGACUGGAAGUGUCCCUAUAUUGGAACAAUUUUUAGAAACUAAAAACGAAGUCAAAUAUGGACAAUGUUGGGUAUUCGCUGGUGUCGUAACAACUGUCUGCCGUGCUCUUGGAAUACCAUCAAGAGUUGUAUCAAAUCUUGUAUCAGCUCACGAUGCUAAUGCUUCCUUAUCGGUCGAUCGAUAUUACAAUGCGGACAACGAAGAACUCGAAUAUGAUCCAAAUAAUUUGGAAGGUGAAGAUUCCAUUUGGAAUUAUCACGUUUGGAACGACGUUUGGAUGGCUAGGCCUGAUUUACCCAAGGGUUAUGGGGGUUGGCAAGCUAUAGACGCUACUCCGCAAGAACCGUCAGAUAGUUUCUAUCAAUGCGGACCGGCAUCGGUUGAAGCUAUAAGACAAGGUGCCGUUGGUUAUAAUUAUGACGUUACUUUUAUGUUGGCAUCCGUCAAUGCUGAUCUUAUGAGAUGGAAAGAAGAUCCAGAAAGUGAAUUGGGAUACUCUAAAAUUGACUGCAACAAAUAUCAUAUCGGUCGAAUGAUCUUGACGAAAGCACCAUGGAUCUUUGAUCCAAACGGUGAUAAAGAUAGAGAAGAUAUAACAUCUCUUUAUAAAGCUAAAGAAGGUACGGAAGCAGAGAGAUUGACCUUGUACAGAGCAAUACGUAGCACUGAAAGAGCCAAGAGAUUUUAUUCUUUGCCAGAACCAAGCAAAGAAGACGUCGAAUUUGAUUUAGUAGAUCUUGAACGUGUUAAGAUAGGAGAACCAUUUGCUGUUACCGUCAAUAUAAAGAACAAAUCGAAUCAACCAAGAACAAUUCAAGCUAUAUUAUCCGCGGGCAGUGUUUACUAUACUGGUGUCAAGGCAAACUUGGUGAAGAGAGCCUCCGGUGAUUUUAUUCUUCAGCCUAAUGCAAACGAACAAUUAAGACUUACAGUCACCGUAGAUGAUUACUUGGAUAAAUUGGUAGAAUAUUGUAUCAUGAAACUCUACACAAUUGCUACUGUUAAAGAAACGAAACAAACUUGGGCAGACGAGGAUGAUUUUCAAGUUCUCAAACCAAAUAUCACUGUCAAGGUCGAGGGUGAGCCAAUCCUUGGAAGACCAACUACCAUAACGCUUAGUUUCAAGAAUCCUUUGCAAAAGACAUUAACUAAUUGCAAAUUUAAUUAUGCUGGUCCUGGAUUGGCCAGAAACAAAAUUUUACCUUUCAGGGACGUUGGACCAUUGGAAGAGGUUUAUGUAGAACAUCAACUAGUUCCGCAAAAACCAGGAGAACAAAAAAUCAUUGCUACGUUUGCUUCGAAAGAAUUGGUUGAUAUCACUGGAUCAGCUACCAUCGAGGUCUUGGAUGAAAAUUGAAAAUUUAUUAACAAAAAAAAUCAUAUUUUUACUCUUGUAAAUACGAAAGUAAACUGAAAAAGAAGAAACAAAAAAAGCAUCGUCGCGAUAAUAAUUAUAAUUUUAUAUAUUUUAUCAAAGUUUUAUAACAUAAAAUUAACAAAAAAUACAAAGAAAUCUUGUAACUUUUAGUAAAAUAUAACGUAUACUUAUUUGUAUCAACACAUAA